AUAGUGAAAGUGAGCAACGAACUCGGCAGCGCUAGGACCCAGAGGAGGAGCGCACUCUAGAGGAAUCAGCGCUCCCUCGUGUCAGAGGAGCGCACCUACUCCGCCAGACUCUUGAUCAAUUUGUAUGCAAGAGUCCAUCCGGAGGUCAGUCUGGAGAUGGCUGCGAAUCGGGUGGGGAGGCGAUAUAACAAUAAGAUCCAUUCGCCGAACCGAGGAUCCAGCAGGGAAGCUGGACUGAGCGUGCAGAAGAGACAAGCCCGGGUCACCGUCAAAUAUAACAGAAAGGAACUCCAGAGGCGCUUAGAUGUGGAAAAGUGGAUAGAUUCUGGACUUGACGAGCUGUAUCUGGGAAAGGAGGAGGAGAUGCCAGAGGAGGUGAACAUUGAUGAACUACUUGAUCUUCAGAGUGAUGCGGAGAGAACACAGAAACUUAAGGACAUUUUGCAUUCCUGCAGUAACAACACAGAGGUCUUCAUCACAGAAUUGGUUAAUAAACUUCAUGGUCUGCAGAAACAAGAGGAUCUCCACAACAAUGGCAUCGAACAUCCCCAGCUGCACAUCUUUCCCGACCGCCAGAGUUCUUCUGACACUGAAAGACACUAAGCACACUCACACAAACACACAGCUAUAGAUGAUCAGUCCCACACUGUACAUCAGACAUGCUUAAUAUCUAUACACAGAAAUGAUCUUCAGUUUGUAAAGAAACAAAAAAAAUAAUAAUCUUUUUUAUGUAAAAAUGAAAAAAUAUUUAUGCUUGCAGAAAUCUAAGCUCAGAGUAAAAUAGUUAAUGACAGUUUCUGUGGUUUUCCACACAAAUACCAUGGACACAGGUAUCAUCCCUAUUUUAUUUAUUGCAAGCUUUGAAAAAUGAGGCUUUUAACAUGCAUGCACCACAAUGCACAACAAGAACCAUGACACUAUCCUAGCUUAUUUCUACAUGACCUGGCCCUACUUUUAUAUUUCAUAUGGCCCAAUGCAUUAAGGUUCAUAAGUUAUAUAUUAAAUAAUUUAUUUGACUUGUUUAAACCACAUUGUUUAGAUGUAAGUACUUUUCUAACUUUUUAGUAACUUUACUUACAAAACAUUUUUAAAGUGUGCGAUAUUUUAACUUUUGAUCAACUUUAAAUGUGGAAGAUUUAUAUCAUGAGAAAUACUGUAUGUUGUUGUUGUUUUGAGGGAUUUUUUGACUGAGUUCAUAGGCUAACCACAACUGGACCAAAGAUUUUUGGCAAAAGGAUUUUGGAUUUCAAAGCAGUAAUGGUAAUUAUUGUUGUGUUGUUUAUAUAUGUGGUUCGAUUUUGUAGAAUUAAAUUAUUUUUAAGAAAACAAAUCCUGGAAUAUUAAAGAUAAAUGUAACGUUAAACUGACAUUCUAUGCUUUCAUCCAUUAGUUAUAAAGGAGUUUGUUGGAGGCUUGUUUUAACAAAACCAUGAGGUAUUGCUAAUAGUUUGCUGCUGCUCUGUUAACUGCUUCAAAUGUUUAAUGGUUGCUCAAAAACUUAAUUUGUGCUUGAAGAAUUGUA